AUGGCUUCGACAUCUCACGCACCUCCACGCAGAUUCCCUUCGUCGGGGUUUGUGGCUCUCGACCCAAAGCUGAAAGUAGAAGAGGAGGAACUACCCUCCUAUGUUCCAGGCGACUUUUACCCAGUUACGAUUGGCGAGAUAUUCGUGGAGAGUGUUUCCCAAAAUAUGCGCGCAUACUGUGUCUUCAAGAUGACCAACUUUCCUGCUAGGAGUCAUCGAUAUCUAUCUCUCAAAGUAUGCACUUCACACAAACGGCAAAGUAAUGAGACUGCCAUUUGCAACCAUCUCAGGGCGAGCAACAUCAAACACCCCGGAACACCGUUUGUUCGCAUGAUACUUGAUUCUUUCAAUAUCAUGGGUCCAACGGGGAACCAACACCAGUGCUUGCUUUACCAACCACUUGGGAUGAGCUACACAGCAUUCCUUGACAUGUUUCCCGGCAAGCAGAUGCCUGAGGCCCUGGUUCAAAGGAGCAUGCAGUUGAUCCUCUUGGGGCUAGACUAUCUACAUAAAGCCAAGAUUGUCCACACAGACAUAUCUGCAAAUAACAUCCUCCAGGGGAUAACCGAUCUUACAGCCCUUUCUGAGAUCGAAGAUGGUGAGGCCAACCAGCCAAUCGCUAGAAAGGUUCUUGAUGACCGCACGAUCUAUGUCUCGCAACCCAUGCCGAUAAACACGGGGUUGCCUGUUCUCUGUGACUUCGGUGAAGCGCGCAUCGGUGACAAGCACAAGGGUGAUGUUAUGCCAGGGAUUUACAGGGCCCCGGAGGUUAUUCUGGAUAUGGAAUGGGAUUCUAAAGUGGAUAUUUGGGCAGCCGGCCUCACAACCUGGGAUCUCCUCGAAACGGGAAAUCUUUUCUUCGCAAGAAAAGACGGCCUACUGAAUGAUGAACAGCACCUAGCUGAAAUGGUGUCACUUCUUGGGCCUCCACCUCUCGAGUUCAUAAGACGAAGCGACAAGUGCCUUCAGUACUGGGAUGAAAACGGUAUGAUCAUAACCCAGCAAUUGUGA